CCCCCCCCACGUCCGCCCCAAUCCUUUAGCUUUAGACUCAAUUUGCAGCUCUGCUGGCUGAUGGGGAAGGGGAGCCAGGGUGCCAACCUAGAGAGGUCAGCAUGGUUACCUAUGAGUAAGAGGAAGGGGCACAUGUAGGCUCCCCCUCCCCUUAGUUUUGAGAAGAGAGGCCUCCCCUGUCUUCCUAAUUUUCCAGUCAAAAGCAGAGGCCUAUCCUAUGCCUUUUUUUCCAGCCCCCAGGCCCUCCCUGAUUGGCUCCAGGCCCCCAGCCCCUCCUAACCUUGGUGUCUCUUCUAGUCUCCCUUCCCCAGGGGCUGGGACUCUCUCUGUCCAACCCCCUCCUCCAAUGGGCUGGUGGCCCUGUGCUGGCCUGUCUUCCCCUCCCCUUCCCCACCCCCAGCCUCAACUUGGAAUGGCCCUGAAUCCAGCAUUUCCAGCAUUUCGAAACCAGGAUUGUUUUGAAAUCUGUGAGUGCUUCUCCACCCCCUCUGACUCCCCUCCUCCCCACUAGCCCAGAAUUUAGUCCUCUAAUCUGACUUCACGCUGUGCAUUGCCAGGGUGUAUGUGUGAGUUUGUGUGCCUGCACAUGGCCAUGUGCAUUCUACUGUGUGUGUCCCUGACUGGGUGUAUCUUCUGUCUGUCGGCAGUCCUGUGUGACUGACCCAUGUGGGAUGCUUCCUGAACUCCUGGGGCCAUCUUUAUCAGCACAGGAGCUUCUAAGUAUCUGAAGGAGCCAGUCUUGGGGAGUUUGGGGGUGGUGUGAGGCGGUUACUUGGAUGUGCAUCUUUGGGAAUUGUGUCUGGGAGACUCUGAGGAGUGUGUGUGCCCGGGUUUGUGUCUCUGAUGAGUUACAUACGUGUGCAAGUGCCCUCGUGUGUGCUGCUUCUGUUCCCGCCUCUCCCUGGGAACCCGUCUGGGGAGUAUAGUCACUGGUCUCCCCAUAGCUCCCUGAGACAUGGAGACCUCUGUCCUUUGAUAGGGAGGUUCUUGUUGUGGGGCCAAGGCUCUAGCUGUUCUGCAGUCACUGGAGGCGAGUGGUAGAGUGGGGAGACUUCGGAGCGACUUGCUCCAGUGGGAACCAGGCACAACAGUCGCAUCAGAUCUGGAAGGUUGGUGGAAAGUUUAAGGUUCAGAAAAGUUGACUUCUCUAUCUGGGAGCAGAAGACAGAGGAGUCAGGAAUCCUCAAGGGGGUGAUGUGCCACCCCAAAAUAUGAGGUGUUUGGAGCAGACCAGCUGUUCUUGUCGCCUUGAUCCUGGGGUAUCCUUCUUAAUGGUUAAGCUCAUCCCUUCCUUGUACAUUAGUGUUCUAUGGUGUGUGGGGAGGCUGCUGCUGCUUCUUUUUUCUUUUCUUUUCUUUUUUUUUCUUUUUUUCCAAAACAAAGGUUGUGGUAGCAGAGUUAUGUCAACAAGGGGUAGGGGCACUGGAACCUCUGACAUCUUGCUAGGACUCAGUUUCCCAUUCUGGGAUCUCAGGCUGUAAUUACAUGCUUUCCUCUAGAAGAACUUGGGACAAAUCACUUAGGAGGAAGAGCAUUGGGGCUGUUUGAGUCAAGGCCUGUGGAGACAGCAGCAGCAGGAGGUGGGCAGAAGGAUAAUCUGUCCCUUUUACACACACACACACACACACACACACACCCAUGGCCUCUGGUCCCAGGACGCAGUGGGAGGAAGGGAGGGGUAGAGGCACAGGUUGGUACAGUGCUCAGUGACCCAGCUGGGGGAGGGCCUUGGCAAGGAAUUUUCAGUUUGUUUCUCAAUCUCUGUCUCUGAGACACGCACACACACGUCACUGCAGACACCUUCAGGAGAUGAGGCCAGAAAAGUCACCAGGUGGCUGGAGGGCAGGGUGUGACCAGAGGGGCCAUGUGGAAGGAACCUCUCUAUCUUGCAGCCACCUGUGCUUAUCCCCUAGCACUGGAAGUGAACCCCACUCAGGUCCUCCCCCAACUCCCCUAUGCUGGGAGUGGGAGCCACGCAGGCUGGAGAGGGUUAAGUCUGGUUGGCAGGGACACCCACCCCCCCUGCCCCCAGUGCAGUGGGAGAGAGGGAGAGAGAGGUUAAGAGCAAGAGGGAGAGAGGGAGAAGGGGGUGGGAGAGAGAGAGAGAGAGAGGGAGAGAGAGGGAGAGAGAGGUGGUUAGCAGCUUGCUCUAGUUGGCGUCUCUCCCAGAAUUCUUCGGAAAAGAACUCCCCUUUGACCCCCAGCACAAACUGAGCCCAGCCACCAGCCUCCUCCUGCCUGUCUGUGGAAGCUUCACCCAGCCCCCUCCAACUGUAGUACUAAGCCUGAUCCUCUUUCCUAGGCCUUCCCAACCAGGCCAGGUCCCCAAGACUUUUCCUCUCAGGUGAUGAGGGGUAUAGCCAAGGAGACCACACAGGGCCUAGGAUCUAUACCAUUCCUUUCUCUAACUUGGAAUAACCUUGGGGUGACUGACACUGAAAGCUGGGGUUCUCAGGCCUCCCCACCUCCCCCUUCCUCCCUGGUCCUCAGCCCAGGUCUGGGAGUCCUCAGUCCCUCCUUUCUCCCUGUGGGGCCAAGGUCUGAGGCAUCUUCUAGUACCUUCUCCUUUCCUGCUUCCAGGAUAGGGAGGGGGAGCCUAGUGGUGGGGCAGCUGGGUCAGGUCUGGCGCCUAGCCAGUCCACAGAAGUCUUGGGGGUAGGGGGGUUAGAGUAGCCCGAGACUUCCUGGAGCUGCAGGCCGUGUGGAUGUGUGUACAUGUUUAUGUGGUGUGGUGCUGGGGGUGGGGCUGGGGUUAUGGGAGGAGCAGGGGCUUGGAUUGCUGGCCAGGGCUUCUAGCUGUGACCCUCUCUCCACAGGGACCCCCCAUCCCAGACCACACUCUUGAGCCUGAGCCCGACACAUUGCUCCUGAGUCCGUGCUCCAGUACCGAGUACCUGGCUGGGCCCUGGGCACGCACAGGGGCCGUAGCCCCACUGUGUGUGGCAGCCAUGAGGAUCCUGGCUAACAAGACAAGGUUACCCCACCCCAGGAGGAGAGAAGCUCCAGGGAGCCCGCCGCUGUCCCCACGCGGCCACUGCCCCCCUGCCCCAGCCAAGCCAAUGCACUCAGAAAAUAAGUUGACCAAUCAUGGCAAGACAGGGAAUGGCGGGGCCCAAUCUCAGCACCAGAAUGUGAACCAAGGACCCACCUGCAACCUGGGCUCCAAGGGCGUGGGGGCGGGGAACCAUGGGGCCAAGGCCAACCAGAUCUCACCUAGCAACUCAAAUCUGAAGAACCCCCAGGCAGGGGUGCCCCCUUUCAGCUCGCUCAAGGGCAAAGUGAAGAGGGAACGGAGCGUAUCUGUAGACUCUGGAGAGCAGCGAGAGGCUGGGACCCCAUCCCUGGAUUCAGAGGCCAAAGAGGUGGCACCCCGGAGUAAGCGGCGCUGUGUACUGGAACGGAAGCAGCCGUACAGUGGGGACGAAUGGUGCUCAGGACCGGACAGCGAGGAGGACGACAAGCCCAUUGGGGCCACCCACAAUUGUAAUGUAGCAGACCCAGCCAUGGCGGCCCCACAGCUGGGUCCUGGCCAAGCCACCCAAUUGCCCCUCAAUGAGAGCAGCGCACCAGGCCCCCCACAUGGGCCCCCACCAGGCCUUCGGCCCGAUGCCCCAGGGAGUGGGGGCGGAGGGGUCCCGGGAAAGCCUCCCUCGCAGUUCAUGUAUGUCUUCACCACCCACCUGGCCAACACGGCCGCGGAGGCAGUGCUGCAGGGCCGGGCUGACUCCAUCCUCGCCUACCACCAGCAGAAUGUGCCCCGAGCCAAGCUUGACCAGGCCCCCAAAGUGCCGCCCACCCCAGAACCGCUACCCCUGAGCACGCCAUCAGCAGGCACCCCACAGUCCCAGCCGCCUCCACUGCCGCCACCUCCAGCCCCAGGCAGUGCCCCCCCUGCUCUGCCUUCUGAAGGGCCUCCUGAGGACACCAAUCAGGAUCUGACCCCCAACUCCGUGGGAGCUGCCAGUACAGGUGGUGGGACUGGGGGCACCCACCCCAACACUCCCACCGCCGCCACCGCCACCAACCCGCUGCCUCCUGGAGGAGACCCCAGCAGCGCCCCAGGCCCUGCCCUGCUGGGGGAGUCUGCUCCCACGGGAAAUGGGCAGCGGAGCCUGGUGGGCUCUGAGGGCCUGUCCAAGGAGCAGCUGGAACAUCGGGAACGUUCCCUCCAGACUCUGCGAGACAUUGAGCGACUGUUGCUGCGCAGCGGGGAGACUGAGUCCUUCCUCAAGGGGCCCCCAGGAGGAGCAGGUGAAGGGGGACCACCAGCACAAGCCCCUCCUGCUCCCCAGCAGCCCCCCACAGCCCCACCUAGUGGGCUGAAGAAGUAUGAGGAGCCCCUCCAGUCCAUGAUCUCACAGACACAGAGCCUUGGGGGUCCCCCACUGGAGCAUGAAGUGCCUGGGCACCCCCCGGGUGGGGACAUGGGACAGCAGAUGAACAUGAUGAUGCAGAGGCUGGGCCAGGACAGCCUGACGCCAGAGCAGGUGGCGUGGCGCAAGCUGCAGGAAGAAUACUACGAGGAGAAGCGGCGAAAGGAGGAACAGAUUGGGCUGCAUGGGGGCCGCCCUCUGCAGGACAUGAUGAGCAUGGGGGGCAUGAUGGUGAGGGGGCCGCCACCUCCCUACCACAGCAAGCCUGGGGAUCAGUGGCCACCUGGAAUGGGUGCCCAGCUGCGGGGGCCCAUGGAUGUCCAGGACCCCAUGCAGCUACGGGGUGGACCUCCCUUCCCCGGCCCCCGCUUCCCAGGCAACCAGAUGCAACGGGUACCUGGGUUUGGGGGCAUGCAGGGUAUGCCCAUGGAGGUGCCCAUGAAUGCCAUGCAGAGGCCUGUGAGGCCCGGCAUGGGCUGGACUGAAGACUUGCCCCCCAUGGGUGGGCCCAGCAAUUUUGCCCAGAGCACGGUGCCCUAUCCAGGUGGGCAGGGUGAAGCAGAACGAUUCAUGACCCCUCGGGUCCGCGAGGAGCUGCUGCGGCAACAGUUGCUGGAGAAGCGGCCGAUGGGCAUGCAGCGCCCCCUGGGCAUGGCAGGCAGUGGCAUGGGGCAGGGCAUGGAGAUGGAGCGGAUGAUACAGGCACACCGGCAGAUGGAUCCGGCUAUGUUUCCUGGGCAGAUGACUGGUGGUGAGGGCCUGGCAGGCACUCCCAUGGGCAUGGACUUUGGUGGAGGCCGGGGCCUCCUGAGUCCCCCCAUGGGGCAGUCUGGGCUGAGGGAAGUGGACCCACCCAUGGGGCCAGGCAACCUCAACAUGAACAUGAAUGUGAAUAUGAACAUGAAUAUGAACCUGAAUGUGCAGAUGACCCCGCAGCAGCAGAUGUUAAUGUCACAGAAGAUGCGGGGCCCUGGGGAUAUGUUGGGCCCCCAGGGCCUCAGUCCUGAGGAGAUGGCCCGGGUUCGGGCCCAGAACAACAGUGGCAUGAUGGGCGGCCCGCAGAAGAUGCUUAUGCCUUCGCAGUUUCCCAGCCAGGGCCAGCAGGGAUUCUCUGGGAGCCAGGGACCCUACCAAGCCAUGCCCCAGGACAUGGGCAAUACCCAAGACAUGUUCAGCCCUGACCAGAGCUCAAUGCCCAUGGGCAAUGUGGGCACCACCCGGCUUAGCCACAUGCCUCUGCCCCCUGCAUCCAAUCCUCCUCCUGGGUCCGUGCAUUCAGCCCCCAACCGGGGGGGCCUGGGCAGACGGCCUUCAGACCUCAGCAUCAGUAUUAAUCAGAUGGGCUCGCCGGGCAUGGGGCACCUGAAGUCACCCACUCUUAGCCAGGUGCACUCACCCCUGGUCACCUCACCCUCUGCCAACCUCAAGUCACCCCAGACUCCCUCACAGAUGGUGCCCUUGCCUUCAGCCAACCCAUCAGGACCUCUCAAGUCUCCCCAGGUCCUCAGCUCCUCCCUCAGUGUUCGUUCCCCCACGGGCUCGCCCAGCAGGCUCAAGUCUCCCUCCAUGGCGGUGCCUUCUCCAGGCUGGGUUGCAUCACCCAAGACAGCCAUGCCCAGCCCUGGGGUCCCCCAGAACAAGCAGCCGCCUCUCAGCAUGAGCUCUUCCACUACCCUGGGCAACAUAGAGCAGGGUGCCCUUCCGCCUAGCGGCCCCCGGAGCAGCUCCUCAGCACCUCCUGCCAACAAUCCUGGUGGCCUCAUGAACCCCAGCCUGCCCUUCACUUCCUCCCCAGACCCCACGCCUUCCCAGAACCCCCUAUCACUGAUGAUGUCCCAGAUGUCCAAGUACGCCAUGCCCAGCUCCACCCCACUCUACCACAAUGCCAUCAAGACCAUCGCCACCUCAGACGACGAGCUGCUGCCUGACCGACCUCUGCUGCCCCCGCCGCCACCACCACAAGGCUCCGGGCCAGGAAUCAGCAAUAACCAGCCCAACCAGAUGCACCUGAACUCAGCUGCUGCCCAGAGCCCCAUGGGCAUGAACCUGCCAGGCCAGCAGCCCCUUUCCCAUGAACCCCCACCUACCAUGUUGCCCUCCCCCACCCCUCUGGGCUCCAACAUUCCACUGCACCCCAAUGCACAGGGGACAGGAGGGCCCCCUCAAAACUCGAUGAUGAUGGCUCCCGGGGGCCCAGACUCCCUGAAUGCCCCCUGUGGCCCUGUGCCCAGCUCCUCCCAGAUGAUGCCCUUCCCCCCUAGGCUGCAGCAGCCCCAUGGUGCCAUGGCCCCCAGUGGGGGUGGGGCUGGGGGGCCUGGCCUGCAGCAGCACUACCCUUCAGGCAUGCCCCUGCCCCCAGAGGACCUGCCCAGCCAACCUCCAGGCCCCAUGCCCCCCCAGCAGCACCUGAUGGGCAAAGGCAUGGCUGGUCGCAUGGGGGACGCGUACCCCCCAGGUGUGCUGCCUGGCGUGGCGUCAGUGCUGAACGACCCUGAGCUGAGCGAGGUGAUCCGGCCCACCCCGACGGGGAUCCCUGAGUUCGACUUGUCAAGGAUCAUCCCCUCUGAGAAGCCAAGCAGCACCCUCCAGUACUUUCCCAAGAGCGAGAACCAGCCCCCCAAGGCCCAGCCCCCCAAUCUGCAUCUCAUGAACCUGCAGAACAUGAUGGCGGAGCAGACCCCCUCGCGGCCCCCCAACCUCCCGGGCCAGCAGGGUGUCCAACGGGGGCUCAACAUGUCCAUGUGCCACCCCGGACAGAUGUCCUUGCUGGGCAGGACAGGUGUGCCCCCACAACAGGGCAUGGUGCCCCACGGUCUGCACCAGGGGGUCAUGUCCCCGCCACAAGGCCUCAUGACCCAGCAGAAUUUCAUGCUGAUGAAGCAGCGGAGCGUGGGGGCUGAGGUCUACAGCCAGCCCCCCCACAUGCUCUCCCCCCAGGGCUCCCUCAUGGGCCCCCCGCCCCAGCAGAACCUCAUGGUGUCCCACCCCCUGCGGCAGCGCAGCGUGUCUCUGGACAGCCAGAUGGGCUACCUUCCGGCGCCGGGCAGCAUGGCCAACCUGCCCUUCUAGCAGUCCCUGCUGGGGGCUGGAGCUGGGGCGAUAUUGCGAAUACGAUAACCUUAAAAAGUUUUUUCCCUCCAGUGUUGGGAUGGCCUGGGUCGAGGGGUGGGGCGGAGGGGGUGGGAGGGGGCUUGUGUGGGGCGUGGCGUUUGUGGAAACCAGAUAUGCUGGCAGCUUAGGGAGAAGUGGCAGAGUGGGGUGGGGGGUUGGGGUUGGGGUUUGUUCCAUUUCAGCCACCAGGACUGCCCCUCCCCCACUCCUUCCAAAUCCUAUGGAGCCUCCAUUUUCCCUCUUUCUCUGCACCCACCUGGCUCUGCUCCGCUCUGCAGUCCUUGGGGGAGAGAGGAAGGCGAGGAGAGGGUGCUCCUCUGUCCCUUUCCCUCCCGCCACUUUCUCCUAGCUGCUCAUCACCCUGGCUUCACAUUCCUCUUGGUUCCUCUGCUCCCACUCACUUUCCCUUCUGUCUUUUCCAGCCUCUUUUCCCCUCCCUGAUGAUGUGGCUGAACCCCUCUCCCACCCCUCCCUGCAGGCGGCUGGCCAGGUGGGCAGGUGCCAGCCACAGCUGUAAAUAGAGCGCUGCGCUUCUGUGCCGGUUUGUGCGUGUGCUGUAUUUCUGUGUUUUGAUAGAAAUCACACAAAAAAAAAAAAGGAUAAAAGAAACCCUUCCCCCCUUCUUCAAAAUGAUUGCCCUUCCAUUCCUCUGGACCCAGGACACGCAGGCCAACACACCUACCCACUGUUUGCAGUGCCUCUGGGUCUCCCUAAAGGAUACCAUUCCGGUCCCCUUCUCAAGUGGUGAAACGACAUAGAUACUCCACACCUGAGGCCAGACCGCCUGGGCUUCCACCUGGAGAGCCCCAGCAGGGCCGAGGCCUGGGCAGUAGCCUGUCUGCUGUGGAGAGCAUGGGCGUGUGCAUGUCUGUGCGCACCGCGGAUGACAUGGGCCCUGACUUCCCGGCUGUGGAUGUCUGGCGUCCCCCUGCUGCUAUGUGUUAGCCAGAACUUGAAGUCCUUGGUCCCCAGUCUGAGAGGAAGGAAAGGAAGAAGGGGCGGAGGCUAUGUGGCCCCCUGGAGUGGAGCCUGGAGGAGUGGCGGGGUCCUGCAGUAGCCCUGGGCCAGUCACCCCCUACUCUUUCAGAGGCUGCCACCUCCUUGUCACCACAGUAGGAAGGAAAAGGUUUGGCCAAGUUUGUCUCCUUCCAGCCUCCACUCCUGAGGAGGAAUUAGAGAAGGUGUAGGAGGGGGAUGGGGGGUCUUUCUUCCCCCUUCUCUCUGCCUGCCUGGUCACCCAAAUCCCUCUGCCUAGGGCUCAGGGCUCUGUGCCCACCCAGGCACAGCCACUGCCUCCCUCUCAAAUCCCUGCUCUGCCCCAGAAGAGCCCCCCACCCGCCUCUGGUCAGAACCGAAGCCAUACACGACUGGGUGUUUUGCCUUCCUUGGCCCCAGGAGUAAAACACUUCUUUUCUCAUUUCCUCUCCUGCCUGGUAGGGAGGUGGGGCAGUUCCUUGGCUGAUGCUUUCUGUGCCCCGCCUCCAGGGCCAAGGGCCAAGGUGUGUCUUCUGCUGUGGCCCUGUCCCCAGCCUUCCUGACCCACAGGGUCUGGUCUCGCAUUGGCAGCUGUGAUACAAAGGGAAUCUGCCCCCACUUCUCUCAGUCUGGUGCUGUCCUCAGUCCACCAUCAGCCAGGUUGAGCGCUUCCUCUGGGGCUGGCCACGGGCUCCUGCCUCCCCCAGCACCCCCAGGGGCCAGGAUCUGGCCUCCAUCCUGCCAGGCACUUUGCCCACCCAGCCUCAACCUGCACCCCGUGCCCAUGAGUCCCCCACCCUUGGCCCACAACUCCCCAAACUGACUCUUUAAGUGUUUCCUGCCCAGAGGAGAGGGGUCAGACAGUAAGGGGCCCAGUCUCCUCCCACCUCCGCCACAGUCUAGCUUUCCAAGGUAAACUCCACAGGCCAGCCGACUUCUUCCCUCCAUCCAUGGCCAUACCCCCAGCCAUUUUGUACCAUUAUAUAAAUAUAUAUAUAAAUAUAAAUAUAUAAAUACAAUAUGUGAAGACAUCUUCUUGGUUUUUAUUUUGAAACAAUUUUUAGGCUUGUUCCGGGGGUCUCUGUGCUGCCUGUACUGUAUUGACCUGUUUUAUAGGUGCCUUUUUAUUAAAAAGAGAAAAUUAAAAAUCCAACUUCUUGUCUUUUUUUUU